UAUUCCAUUGCAUUGCUAUGCCACAUUUUCCCCCUCCACUCAUUGAUUUCUGGAUCACAGCAAAAUAUUUUAAAUGAUGAUGAUAAAAUAACUUGCUUCUGGUAAACAGCCUAAUGGUCUCUGUUCAUACUUGUUUGAGAAAUACUCAACAAAGGAGUUGGACCACAGCACCUUCCCUUCCUCCCAGCCCUGCCUCCUUCUGUAGAACGGAGCUCAACAGGACUUUGUUAUUUUGCCUUUUACUCUGGGAGGAGAGAAGCAGACGAUGAGGAGAAAAUAAUGAAUGUCAAAGGAAAAGUGAUUCUGUCAAUGCUGGUUGUCUCAACUGUAAUUGUUGUGUUUUGGGAAUAUAUCAACAGCCCAGAAGGCUCUUUCUUGUGGAUAUAUCACUCAAAAAACCCAGAACUUGGUGACAGCGGCAGUCAGAAGGGCUGGUGGUUUCCGAACUGGUUUGAAAAUGGGACCCACAAUUCCCAAGAGGAAGAAGACAUAGAGAGAGAAAAGGAAGACAACGAAGAGCUUCAGCUGUCCGACUGGUUUAAUCCAGAGAAACGGCCAAAGGUGGUGACAGUGACUAGUUGGAAGGCACCUGUGGUGUGGGAAGGCACUUACAACAGAGCCAUCUUGGAAAAUUACUAUGGCAAACAGAAGAUUACCGUGGGUUUGACGGUUUUUGCUAUCGGAAGAUACAUUGAGCAUUACUUGGAAGAGUUCUUAACAUCUGCUAAUAAGUACUUCAUGGUUGGCCACAAAGUCAUAUUUUACAUCAUGAUGGAUGAUGUCUCCAGGUUGCCUUUGAUAGAGCUGGGUCCUUUGCGUUCCUUCAAAGUGUUUGAGGUCAAGCCUGAGAAGAGGUGGCAGGACAUCAGCAUGAUGCGCAUGAAGACCAUUGGGGAGCACAUUGUGAACCACAUCCAGUACGAGGUCGACUUCCUCUUCUGCAUGGACGUGGACCAGGUCUUCCAAGACACCUUUGGGGUGGAGACCCUCGGCCAGUCAGUGGCUCAGCUACAAGCCUGGUGGUACAAGGCAGAUCCUCUUGAGUUUACUUAUGAGAGGCGGAAGGAGUCUGCAGCCUUCAUUCCGUAUGGCGAGGGGGAUUUUUAUUAUCAUGCGGCCAUUUUUGGAGGAACACCCAUUCAGGUCCUAAACAUCACCCAGGAGUGUUUCAAAGGAAUCCUCCAGGACAAGAAAAAUGACAUAGAGGCCGAGUGGCAUGAUGAAAGCCACCUAAACAAGUAUUUCCUUCUCAACAAGCCCACUAAAAUCUUAUCUCCAGAAUAUUGCUGGGAUUAUCAGAUAGGCCUGCCUGCAGAUAUUAAGACUGUCAAGGUAUCUUGGCAGACAAAAGAAUAUAAUUUGGUUAGAACUAAUAUCUGACUUUAAAUUGUGCCAGUAGGUUUCUGAAUUUGAGAGAGUAUUCUGGCUACUUCUUCAGAAAAGUAACACUUAAUUUUAACUUUAAAAAAUACUAAUAAAACACCAACCCAGCAAGUACUACUCGUAACUUUCAGCCUUGUAAUAUGGGAGCAUGGACCUCUGGUAAUCAGAUGUGAAUUCCCAAUGAUUUCCUAUCUAUUCUGGGUUUGGGGAAAAUAUAUCAGAUGAACUUAAAAAAAAUUUUCACAGGCCAUAAAAAAGCCAGAAACACUCUACAUAUGUCAGAAUGUACUGGAGAACUGGAGAAAAGGGUGCUGAGUCUAAAGCAACAUAGGUUGCUUUACAGCAGAACUUGCAGCGAGGACACAGUCUACCUGGCAAUCCUCAAAUGGUUUCAGUAGCAGACCACUUCAGGCCAUUUUGUUGUAUGUGUGUCUUUUUCUCAGGAUGUUGUUUGGCUUCUGUGCAAAAGACUUGUCGAGAUUCCCAUUGGUUAUGAUGGUGGUAAAUGUUUGGAGUCACAGGGAAUCUGAAGGAAGUGGAAACAAAGCCUCAAAGUGAGUUUGCCAUGAAAUAGGAGAGAGUGGAAAGAUCAUGGUUGGGCAAUGGCACCUGAGAGGUCACAGGAGAUGGAUUGGCACUUAAAUAUAGCAUGGAUCCAGGUGCUAAAUGGGACAGGGAUAAUGUGGAUGGUCUCCAGCCUCCUUAAUCCCAAGACAACCAGAGCAGAGGGGACUUGAAUGGAAGAUACUUCUUUGUUUUGCCCAAGUCACAUUCAGUCUGCCAGAUUCUGCAACUGUGUCUUCAGAUCCUUGGACAGAAGAAGUGGAUGGUGUCAGAGAAGACAGAGGCCUAAAAUGGACAGAAGAAGCUUGCAAGGAAUUUUACAGACAGGGGCUUCAUGACAAUCAGCAGCAGCAAGUCCAACUGCCACUUGCUCCAACCCUCAGAGUUCCUCAGCCUAUUGUACCCCGUUUGGAGGGCUGACAUCAGGAAUGGAUUGGAGGAAAAACCCUCCCUCCAAAUAACCUAAUUUUCCCCUGCCCCAUCUGCACUACUGAGGUAACAACCAGACACAUUUAAUAAAAUGGUUAAUUGAUUUGAUAUCAAAAGCAGACAGGAUGGCAAUGGGAAACCCAGUCCUCAUAACUGAACAGCUUAACAUUCAAUUCCCUUCUCUAAGAGAAGUUAUAAAAUCCUACCUAUUAUUUAAAGUUAAGCAAUUCAAUAUAAAGGAAGUUAGAAGGCAACAUUUACAUAUUUAUAUUUUGCUUGUGUUCCAGUUAAAGUCAUGUUUCCUUUUUUAAGUGAUUUAUUUGAAGAAUCAUUGCGCUGGCUUGACGUUCAGCACACUGGGCUUCUUUGAUAAAUUGAAACCUACAUUUUCCUACCAUUGCACUGUGCCUCCUACUCUUCACUUCUUGCCAAAAAAAUAAUCACAAUGCAGUGAAACAAAACAAAACCAACAAAAAUCCUGAAGAAGUGGACUUUAAAGGAGAUUACACAUUCAUCAGGACUCUUGCUUUUCUCUAACUCAAGUUUUCUGAAAUACAUCCUAGAGUAGGGAAAGUUACUGGUUUAAGUCUGGAACCAACGAAAUUAUCUAUCCUGAAAGAUUAAAUGGCUGAUGUUUAUGUUUGAGGGAAUCUUGAUUUUUUUUUUAUUCAUUUAAAUUUUAAUCCCAAACAAACUCAAGAUUGUCAUGAAUAGUUAUUCUUAAACAUAAAAAAAUAAAAAUAAAACUCCUCUGAUUUACAAUUGAAUAAAUUAUUUUCUCAGUA